CGACACUACACUGACUUCAGAUGGAGGCAAAUAUGCCCUCGGAGGGCUCAAGGGAAAAUGAAAAAUUGAUGUCGGUCAAAUACAGACCAGAAUCAUUCCUCGGUGUGGAUUGGGGCACUGUCAAAGACCUCAGCCAUCCCCUCGUUCUACUGCCUGAGUUGCCGACGGAAUCCACUAACCCCUUGGCCAAGGCCGCUGUGCUGGAACGGCAACUCGAGGCGCUAAGCGCCCAGUAUGCUGCCAUCAGAGCCUGGCGAAACCGCUUCAUGCCCAUCGCAUGUCUCGACGACGACCUUCUCUCGGAGAUCUUUCAAUGUGUCGCGCUGACCCACCCCUCCGAUACAUCGCGCUCUCGAAGCUGGACGAGCCUCAUGCUAGUCUGCCGGCGGUGGCGCGCCAUCGGCGUCUGUAAUUCCGUCCUCUGGAGCUCCGUCAUCGUAGGAGGAAAGCGCCUUGUCAAGCCUUCCCCUUUGCACAUGCAACGGUCCGGCAUGCGUCCGCUGACGGUGCACAUCGACCUCAGCGCCAAUCACUUCAUCGGCCCCUAUGCAGAUUAUGUGACGACGCCCGCCACCCUCCUCAAGUUCACGCUGUCUAUUCUCAAACCUCACUUUGAUCGCGUGAGGGCGCUGGAUAUCACGGCGGCACGUGAGGAGCUUUCGCAGUUUCUCUUCCAUCUUGGCCGAACGAAACGUCCCAACCUGCGGUGCUUGAGAGUUGCCUUUGACUUCGAAGAAGCGUGCACGACAUUCUUACCGCUUGCUUUCGAGCUAUCCGUCACACAGAACCUGAUUGCUCGCGCAGAGGUGGUCACGCUCACCGAUGCCGUCGUCUUCUGGACCGACUUGCGAAACCUAACGAUACUACGCGUACAACUAGAUCCAUCGAGAUCGCGAGACGCGUACGCGCAUAAGAUGAGCUGCACUACGGCCAUAAUUAUGCUGCGCUUCUCCCCGGCGCUGGAGGAGCUCGUACUUCAGAACUGUUUCAAACAUAGUCCCUUGGAAAUCGACUUCACCAGCACAUCCCCUCCAGUCCACCUUCCUGUCUUACGGAUCUGUAAUCUGUCCGCCUCAGGCUCCGUUUGCGCCACGAUCCUGGCUGCCACUCGCAGACCUCCUUCAGCACGCAUACAUGUAACGGUCACCGAGAGCGACUGGGACGAGCAUGCGGUUCAGGUGCUGCUGGAAGUACUCCAGAUGAACUUUGCGCAGCCUGGCGCGCCGACGCUGCGAGUCCUACAGAUUAUUCACCAGGAUUCGGGGGCAACCGAUUCAUGCUGCUACCAGUGGCACCGAUGGUUCACCGAUGUCACACUGGAUCACCUCGAGCCCUCUGCUGAGCCCAGCGCGGGAGACGAGGUAGCCAGCUUCUCUUUGCGGAUGCCAGCGUUCGGCGGGCAGCACGGGCGGUGGCCCUUGCAGCAAGCCCUGCGCUCAGUACCGGCAAAGGCUGUCCAGGUGUGCGAAUUGCUAUUGUGCGCUCCAAUAUGGAAAAGGUGGCCUCGCAAUGACGUUCGCGAUUUGUUGUGGCUGCUUCCUGGGCUGCAGAGUCUGGUCGUGCGCUACAAGAACACAGGAGAUCGGGUUCGGGUGCGCGCUACAUGGCAACUAAUUAUGCGUGAUGUCUGCGACGCACUGCCGGAGCAAGAGUCGCCAAAGGGGAGAACGGUUUAUUGGACACACAACUUGAACCAAUAUUUGCAGGGCGAAUUCACAAAAAAACUCAAAGACCUCGUUGACGCUCAGAUGCUUGCCGGACGCCCCUUGCAGAGACUAGUCCUUCAUCCACAAUUCCUAGGCCAGAAACACCUGAAAAUCUUGAGUGACCGCUGGGCCUCCCGAGUGGUGAAAGUGGGCACGGAGGAGACGACGUUCAUAGAGGUCGAGCUGGUGUAAUUAGCAUUCUUCCUCGUUGUGGUCACAACUUGAUUGUGAAGGGAAAAAUUGGCAGGAUGGUGACUGUUGCGACGCGGCCGAAGAAGCUAGGAGUUGUAGCCUAUACAUGCUCAGUAACCUGCACGGCGGUUCGGACCGGUAAGGGCACGCUGCCUAUUGUAC